AGCCCAUCUCAGUAAACCAUGGCAUACCAGCUGUAUAGAAACACCACGCUAGGGAACAGUCUUCAGGAAAGUCUGGAUGAGCUCAUACAGUCACAGCAGAUCACGCCUCAGCUGGCCCUUCAGGUGCUACUUCAGUUUGAUAAAGCUAUAAAUUCAGCACUGGCACAACGAGUCAGGAACAGAGUCAAUUUCAGGGGGUCUCUGAAUACAUACAGGUUCUGUGACAACGUAUGGACAUUUGUACUGAAUGAUGUUGAAUUUAGGGAGGUGACUGAACUUGUGAAAGUGGAUAAAGUGAAAAUUGUAGCAUGUGAUGGAAAAAACACUGGUUCCAAUACUGCAGAAUGAAUAGAACUCUGGUUUGUCUGCAGUAUUUUCUGUUAAUAUGCAGCACUUUUCCGGAGAGGAGCAUGGAAAGGGACUGUGUUCAUACUUAAUCCUUGUGAUGCAGAUGUGAGUUAAUGCAAACUAGAAAGCAUCACAGAGUUGAGAGCGGAAGAAACACCUGUAGCAUUUCUUCAGUUCACCUUAUAGGGCAUGAAUAUAAUGUUACUUUUUUUAAUUAUUAUUACAACAGAUACUGUUGCCUUUUUUUGUUCAAAAUAAUUUCUGUAAUAAACUUUUAUUUAAAAACUGGUGAA